ACAUCGGCGAGUAAAGUCAAGUCAGCCUUCAGAGGUUCACAAUCACGUAGAGAACCGUGGAACAAAUUGUCCGAGUCGUGGCUACUCUUAUUUUUUUUGGGGGGGAAACAACCUUCGGGACAAAAGGACAUCGUCUCCGUGCUUCUCGACAAGGCUCCUUACCAGGCUACCGACCCCCACCCUUUCUGGCCAACAAUCCGACCCCACCACCAGGCCUCAGUUACCCCUGUCCAGCUGGAGGAGGACCCUCCACCACCUCUACCAGUCCAGCCAGGCCGGUCAGUCCACAGCGGUCAGCGGGGAGUAUCAGGCCAGCAGCCAAGCUGGAGGGAGCCGGAGGAGGAGGGGAGCUGGAGCCGCAGCAGAGGCCCUCAGGGGCCGAGGCCCCGGGCUUCAUGUUGAGGUAUAGAGGCUGUGGUACCGCUGCUACAGAUGCUGAUGGCACCACUACGGAGCAGAUGGAUCCGAGAGAGCAGCAGCAGGAGGAGGAUGAUGUCGUCUCAGACGGACACACACACAACGGGGUAACUCUGAGGAGACCCAAUGCGCUGGAGUUGCAGAAAGCGACUGAUGGAGAGGAGGAGGAGAGAGAUGGAGGGAUGGACUCUACCUCUGCAGGGGAGGAGGACUUGAAGACUCCAGACGAGGGCUUCAUGGGCAUGACGCCUCUACUACAAGCCCACCACGCCAUGGAGAAGAUGGAGGAGUUUGUUCACAAGGUGUGGGAAGGCCGGUGGCGAGUCAUUCCUCAUGACGUGCUGCCUGAGUGGCUGAAGGAUAACGAGUAUCUCCGCCACGGGCACCGGCCGCCCAUGCCCUCCUUCAGGGCCUGCUUCAAGAGCAUCUUCAGGAUCCACACUGAGACUGGCAACAUCUGGACUCACCUGCUGGGCUGUCUGUUCUUCCUGUGCCUGGGCAUCAUGUAUAUGUUUCGUUCCAACAUGUACUUUGCUGCCCCGUUCCAGGAGAAGAUAGUGAUCGGUAUCUUCUUCAUCGGGGCCAUCCUGUGUCUGUCCUUCUCUUGGCUCUUCCACACCGUCUACUGCCACUCUGAGGGCGUCUCUCGUGUCUUCUCCAAACUGGACUACUCUGGCAUAGCCUUCCUGAUCAUGGGCUCCUUUGUUCCAUGGCUCUACUACUCGUUCUACUGCUCUCCCAACCCCAGGUUAAUCUACCUGGUAGUAGUCUGUAUACUAGGAGUCUCUGCCAUCAUCGUCUCACAGUGUGACUUCUUCGCUAAGCCACAGUACCGCGGUCUGUCUCCAGGAGUGUUUGUAGGUCUGGGUCUGAGCGGUGUGGUCCCCACCCUGCACUUUGUCAUCACUGAGGGCUUGCUGAGAGCCACUACUAUGGGUCAGAUGGGCUGGCUGCUCCUCAUGGCAACGCUCUACAUCUCUGGAGCCUGUAUCUGUGCAGCCCGCAUCCCAGAGAGGUUCUUCCCCGGGAAAUGUGACAUCUGGUUCCACUCUCAUCAGUUGUUCCACGUCCUGGUGGUGGCAGGAGCGUUCGUCCAUUUCCACGGCGUGUCCAACCUGCAGGCCUUCCGCUACGCUGCCGGGGCGGGCUGUGAGGAGGACAAUGCCCUGUGAAGAUCCUGCAUGUCGUCACGUCAACACACCACCAGGGGGAGACACGCAUAUAUACACACACACACACACACAUAACAGACACACACACACACACACACACAUAACAGACACGGGAGACUGAUGGAGGCUCAUACACACACUGACUCCCCAGUAGCCCCGUCUCUCUCUGUACAUACAGAAACCCCUUAGAGGACACGGGGAAAAAAGACAAGGUUUUCUUUUCAGUUGGAAAAAAAAUGACCUAAGUCUCGUUUGUUUUUCUUCUCCAUCUCCAUCUUGUUUUCAAUAACUGCAUCUAGGGUUUUGGACAUUUGAGACUGCCCCCC